UCCCCACUGGGAGUUCUUUACCCCACGUGCUUGUUAUUUGGGGGUUCAGGCCUGGUUUUUGCUCGGUUUUUGUUCUGCUUUUGGAUUUUCUGCUAUUCUGUAAAGCUUCUUUGUGACAGUUUUCUACAAAAAAAGCGCAAUACAAAUAAAACUGACUUGAUUAGAUUUUGGUAUUUUAAAAAAGUAUACGGUCACGACAUCCUCGAUCGUGUGACGCCCACCACCCCUAAAAACCUCCAUUGCCAGCGAAUAUUUUGGCGUCAUUUCCAGGAUAUUGAGGGGAAAGGGGGGGGGGCGCAUAGGCAUGAAGGCGGAGGCAGCGCCCCCGCUGUAGAAGGACGAGAACUGGAGGAGGUGGUGGAAGGAGGCGGUACAGAGAGCGCCAGACUGCGGCGCCGCCACCACGGAGCCCAGGGAUAUUCCGCACACUGUCAUGAAGGGGGACAAUACCUUUUGAAGUGACGUACAGGCAGCCUGUCGGUUGUGUUUAUAAUCCGCACAGGAGGAGUUGGUCGUUUUAAAACGGGACCUAUUUAUGUUUUGGGUGGUUUUGCUUGGCGUAGCUAGCUGACGUUAGCGAAGAAAUCGCCCAAGGAUGCUGCGGUGGAUACGGCAGCAGCUGGGCUUCGACCCUCCCCACCAGAGCGACACCAGGACGGUGUACAUAGCCAACCGGUUUCCCCAGCACGGCCAUUACGUCCCGCAGAAGUUUGCCGACAACAGGAUCAUCUCCUCCAAGUACACCGUCUGGGUUAUGUACCCAGAAUUUAUGAGCCAGUUCCGAGGAUCGCGAUUCUACUUUCUAAUUCCUGUCAGGUGAGUGUGGCUGCUGCCACUCAUGAUAGACACGCCCACCUCUCCCAUAACCAGCGGGCUUCCUUUGUUCUUUGUCAUCACGGUGACGGCCAUCAAGCAGGGCUACGAGGACUGGCUCCGGCACAAGGCCGAUAACGAGGUGAACGGGGCUCCGGUGUUCGUGGUGCGCAGCGGGGGGCUGGUGCAGACCCGGUCCAAGAACAUCAGAGUCGGGGACAUCGUCAGAGUCGCCAAAGAUGAGACCUUCCCGGCGGACCUGAUCCUCUUAUCGUCGGACCGGGCGGAAGGAACCUGCCACAUCACCACCGCCAGUCUGGACGGGGAGACCAACCUGAAGACCCACUUUGCGGUCCCGGAGACGGCCGUGUCGCAGUCCGUGUCCCAGCUGGAGGCGCUGCUAGCCGUGGUGGAGUGCCAGCAGCCCGAGGCCGACCUGUACAGGUUCGUCGGUCGAAUAACAGUGACACAGCAGGGAGAAGAGAUCGUCAGACCUCUGGGCCCAGAAAACCUCCUGCUGCGCGGAGCACGAUUGAAAAACACCAAAGAAAUUUUUGGUGUGGCGGUAUACACGGGGAUGGAGUCCAAGAUGGCGCUGAACUACAAGUGCAAGUCCCAGAAGAGAUCGGCGGUGGAGAAGUCCAUGAACACCUUCCUGAUGAUCUACCUGGGCAUCCUGCUGUUUGAGGCCGUGCUCAGCACCAUCUCAGUCGCCUGGCAGGCGAGAGCAUGGACGGCUUCUCACCAGAAGACCAGCAGGGAGGAACAGCAGUCAGGUCUGUUGUCCUUCAUCUCGGAUUUCCUGGCGUUCCUGGUGUUGUACAACUUCAUCAUUCCCAUCUCGCUCUACGUCACUGUGGAGAUGCAGAAGUUCCUGGGCUCCUUCUUCAUUGGCUGGGACCUGGACCUGUACCACGAGGAGACAGACCAGAAGGCCCAGGUCAACACGUCGGACCUGAACGAGGAGCUGGGCCAGGUGGAGUACGUCUUCACCGAUAAGACGGGCACGCUGACGGAGAACGAGAUGCAGUUCAGAGAGUGCUCCAUCAGCGGCGUCAAAUACCAGGAGAUCAACGGCCGGCUGGUCCCCGAGGGCAUGACCGAGGACUUCCCCGACGGCUCCGUGCCCCGCCUGAGCGAGGAGGAGGAGCUCUUCCUGAAGGCGGUGUCGCUCUGCCACACGGUGCAGAUCAGCUACGACCAGACGGACAGCCCCGCCUCCGCCUUCGCGCACGCCAACGGCGUCUCCCUGCAGAUGGAGUACUACGCCUCCUCCCCCGACGAAAAGGCUCUGGUGGAGGCCAUGAAGAGGUUGGGAGUUACCUUCAUGGGAAAUAAUGGAGAAAAAAUGGAAAUUAAAACAUUUGGAAAAUCAGAAAAGUUUAAACUGCUCCAUGUUCUGGAGUUUGAUGCGAACAGGAGGAGAAUGAGCGUUAUACUGCAGACUCCCACAGGGGAGAAGGUUAUGUUUACCAAGGGGGCGGAGUCGUCCGUCCUGCCGUACACGAAGAGCGGGGAGAUCGAGAAGACCAGAGUCCACGUGGACGAGUUUGCACUGAAGGGACUGCGCACCCUGGUGGUGGCGUGCAGGCGGUUCGGCGCGCGGGAGUACGAGGAGGUGGACCGGCGGCUGCACGAGGCUCGCACCGCCCUGCAGCAGCGGGACGAGCGGCUGGCCGAGGUCUUCGCCUUCAUCGAGCGCGACCUGCAGCUGCUGGGCGCCACCGGCGUGGAGGACAAGCUGCAGGACAAGGUGCAGGAGACGAUCGAGGCUCUGCGCUUGGCGGGGAUCAAGGUGUGGGUGCUGACCGGGGACAAGCACGAAACGGCGGUGAGCGUCAGCCUGUCCUGCGGCCACUUCCACAGAACCAUGAACGUGCUGGAGCUGGUGCAGCAGCGGUCCGACAACGAGUGUGCGGAGCAGCUCAGGAGGCUGGCCCGGAGGAUUAAGGAGGAUCAUGUGAUCCAGCACGGGCUGGUGGUGGACGGGGCGAGCCUGUCUCUGGCACUGCGGGGGCAUGAGAAGCUCUUCAUGGAGGUGUGCAGGAACUGCUCAGCCGUGCUGUGCUGCCGCAUGGCCCCCCUGCAGAAGGCCAAGGUGGUGCGACUGUUAAAGACUUCCCCGGAGAAGCCCAUCACGCUGGCCAUCGGGGACGGCGCUAACGACGUUAGCAUGAUCCAGGAGGCCCACGUGGGAAUAGGCAUCAUGGGUAAAGAGGGGCGCCAGGCAGUGAGGAACAGUGACUAUGCAUUCGCCAGGUUCAAAUUCCUGGCCAAACUGCUGCUGGUCCACGGCCACUUCUACUACAUUAGAAUAGCCACCCUUGUACAGUACUUUUUCUACAAGAAUGUGUGUUUUAUCACGCCCCAGUUUUUAUACCAGUUCUUCUGUCUGUUUUCACAACAAACGCUGUAUGACAGUGUGUAUCUGACACUGUAUAACAUCUGCUUCACAUCCCUGCCCAUCCUGGUCUACAGCCUGUUUGAGCAGCUGGUUCAUCCACACGUGCUGCAGAGCAAACCAGCACUCUACAGGGACAUCAGUAAGAACUCGCUGCUGUCCUUUAAGACCUUCCUGUACUGGACGCUGCUGGGCUUCUGCCACGCCUUCCUCUUCUUCUUCGGCUCCUACGUCCUGAUGGGGGAGGACACCUCCCUCAUGGGCAACGGCCAGAUGUUUGGAAACUGGACAUUUGGCACUUUGGUUUUCACUGUGAUGGUCAUAACAGUGACACUGAAGCUGGCUCUGGAGACUCACUUCUGGACGUGGAUCAAUCAUUUCGUCACCUGGGGCUCCAUCGCCUUCUACUUCAUCUUCUCCCUGUUUUACGGGGGAAUCAUCUGGCCCUUCCUGCACACACAGGACAUGUACUUCGUCUUUGUCCAGCUGUUGUCCAGCGGUUCGGCCUGGUUUGCCAUCAUCAUCAUCGUGAUGAGCUGCCUGUUCCCCGACGUCAUCAAGAAGGUGCUGUACCGGCACCUGCAGCCAACCAGCACGCAGAAGUCCCAGGUUGUUGAGGCCAGCCGGGGCGUCGGCUGUGUGGACUCGCUGUGCUGUUUCUCGGAGGGGGAGGGCGGGACCGCACGGCUGGGCUGGCUGGUGGACCGCGUGAUGAGUCGCUGUGACCCCGCCCACGUCCGCAGAUCUUGGAGCGACUUGGACCCCUUCUAUUCGAACGACCGGAGCGUCCUGACUCUCUCGCCUGUGGAGUCCACUCACUGCUAAAGCAGUUCCGGUGGAGCCCGUGGUCCGUGUUUUCCAAACUUCCGCUGGUGCCGGCAAACUAAAUUCCCGGGAAUAAUGUGAAGGAUUGAGCGCCGGUGGUGUUCCGGAAGGGCAGUGGCAUUCCCCGCUUCCUCCCGGUUUUCCAGAAGGGCAGUGGUGUUCCCCGCUUCCUCCCGGUUUUCCAGAAGGGCAGUGGUGUUCCCUGCUUCCUCUCGGUGUUCCGGAAGGGCAGUGGUGUUCCCUGCUUCCUCUCGGUGUUCCGGAAGGGCAGUGGUGUUCCCCGCUUCCUCUGUAACAGAAGGGAGUGAAUCGGCACCAAAGCCGGGAGCUGGGCGUGUGUUUGCCGGAAGGAUCCGGCCCGCUGUGCUCCGUUAGUUACUGCUGCUUUCUCCUCCGACUGUUCUGAAGGUCCACCAACUUUCCUGAGGAAAACAUGGGGUCCUUUUUAAAGCCAUACUUCCCAUUUUAAUGUACCUGAUUUUUAAGGUAUGAAGACAUAGGAGCUGGGAGACUUCGGCACUUGAGUUUGGUGCUCUGUUGGAACUUGUUGCUGAAAUUCUUGCGCAGAUAUCAGCCAGGGGACAGUCCAUGUGUACUUAAACUACAGUUUUGAGUCACUUGCACAGGUUUUUCUCUUUGGUUUUGUUUUUGUUACAUCUCAAACUGCAUUGUUUUAUUUUCCUCAUUCAUUGUUUGUCACCAUUUAAUUUGCAUUUUAUCUGGUUGCUGUGUGUAUUUUUUUUUUCCUGUUACUAACCACUCAUUCACUGUGUGUGUGUGUGCAUACGUGCGUGUGAACGUGUGUGUUCACGUGAAGUUCAUCUGAAGUUGAGAGGGCCACAGACCCACCUCUGUGCGUAAGGAGAGUCAGGGGACACUGUUCUCUUGGUUGGAUCUGGAAGGUUCCAGAAACCAGAAAGCACCGUUAAGAGAGGCCAGCGAUUGGCUGGGUGCAGGAGGUUACCGAGACAACCGUUUUAAACUGGCCACCGUUGACGCAGUGACACGAUAUCAAAGUGAAGGUUGGAUUGUGGUCACGGUUUAAGAGGCAGUUGGCCUGCCCUGUGCUUUAGUGUAGGAGUGCAACGCUGAAGAAGGUGCUGCUCAUUUUGGAUGUUUUCCUGGGUUUUGGCUCAGCUUCCAAAUCGCAGAGGAUUGAAGUUCCACUGCUGAACUAAGAGAGCGACUGGCCUUGUCUUUUCAAAGGCUGGUUUUGAAAUGUCUAAAUUACAAUAGAGACUAGUAAUUUGUCUAAGCUAAAGCAAGUUUCCAAAGAACUGGUCAUUUUCAUGAAGGUACUUUUAGUUGAGUUUUGUCACGACUGAAGUCAGUUGCAUAUGUUGAACUAUUUAAUGUCCAGGAGAUGCUAAUUAUCCAACUUCCACAGGCUCCGCCCCAUUCACAGAAGGGAUGUUUAACUGGGAAACUGAUUGUUAGCAAUAAGACUCUGCCUGGACCUCGGGCUCCAUCGGAUGUAUCAACUUUUUUAAAUUAUGAUUAUUCUUGGUUUGUCAUUUUCAGUAAAUCUCAAAAUGAAGUAUGUUAAUUGUAUUAUGUCAGUGAAGCUGUUUUAUUGCUUAUGUAUAUGAGAACAAUUUAUUUACGGAAUAAAAAAAAGUAUGAAAAAUAA